AUGAAGCAGAACUUUUCAAGCAUUUGGAAUCUAUCGUGGAUUGUGUUGGCUCUGCUAGUAGCUGUAACGCAUCGUGCAGCCUUCGCUCAAUCGAAUAAGAUUGGAUUUCAAGUGGAUAGUGAAGAUGGACGAUUGUCGGUCCCGGAGCUGGUGACCAAAUACGGAUAUGCUGUGGAGGAGCAUCCACUUACGACGGAGGACGGCUACCGAUUGACGAUACAUCGCGUGCAAAGUCCAUCCUACACAAAUGGAACCGUCGUCCUGCUGAUGCACGGGCUUCUCUGCAGUUCCGCCGACUGGCUUAUGAUCGGACCGGGUAACGCACUCGCCUAUCUUCUCGCGGACAAGGGCUACGAUGUGUGGCUAGGAAAUGCACGUGGAAAUCGGUACUCACGUCAUCAUGACACGAUCAGCCCCAGCAGGAACACGUUUUGGAAGUUUUCCUGGCACGAAAUUGGCCGUUACGAUCUGCCGGCAACAAUCGAUUACAUUCUUGGGCACACCGGUCGCCAGCGAUUGCACUACGUGGGUCACUCCCAAGGAUCCACGGGAUUCUUCGUGAUGGCUUCUACUCGUCCGGAGUACAACGAUAAAGUGAUACAGAUGAACGCGUUGGCACCGGUAGCAUUCAUGGGCCAUAUGAAAAGUCCCUUGCUGCAAUACAUGACUAAGUUUUUGAAUACGCUUGACAUCCUAAUGAAAAUGUUUGGCGUUGGAGAAUUUUUACCGAACAAACCCAUUCUGCACGAAAUUGCAAAGCUCAUCUGUCCGGAGUCAACGGUGAACAACAUGUGCGCUAAUGUGCUAUUCUUGCUUGCCGGGCACAACCCUAGUCAAAUGGAUCCAACGAUCCUGCCCAUACUGUUCGGUCACACACCGGCUGGAUCGGCCACGAAGCAGUUAGUACACUACGCUCAGGAAGUGCGCUCCAAUCGAUUCCAGAUGUACGAUCAUGGGAUGCUGAAAAAUGUUCUCGUUUACGGAAAAAUCCAGCCACCCGAAUACGAUCUGUCUAAGGUUACGGCUCCGGUAGUGCUGUACUACGGGUUGAAUGAUUUUCUUGCCGCGCCAGAGGACGUAUCAAGGCUUGCUGGAAGUCUUCCCAACCUACGGCAAAGUAUUCCGGUCAACCAUGCGUUGUUCAACCAUCUAGACUUUCUCAUAGCUAAUGAUGUCCGACAUUUACUUUACGAGCAAGUUAUCGAAAGAAUGGCAUCCGCUGAAGUGAUGAUGGAUUAAUCAGACGUAAUCAUUCAAAUGGCAGAAAAGCGACGUAUCGCAUUUUUUCCGCUGUGAGCUCUCAAGUGUGUGAUAAUUUUUAUUAUCUUGUAUAGCUUUUAUUGUUCCCUUGCGUUAAAGCAAUGGAAAUAUUUAUAUACAAAAUUGAGCUCAAAACAUCGCAAUAAAACAUACGUAUGCCAUCGUAGGGAUUUAGGAGAGCUAGGACUGAUAGUUAAGAAAAAGGUCAGCACUUGAAACCGUUUUAAAUUACCGCGUAAAUGUGUUCUGUAACGGAAAAGUGGAUCUGCCUAAAGGAGA